CUAGCAGAGUCAUCCCGGAUGCAGCCAGACUGGUUGACCACCAUAAAUAUUCCAUGGUGUGGCUGCCGGCCGGAGAUCAGUGGCGAAGGCUAAAAAGAAUUACCAGAUAAUCUAUGUUCACCAUGCAACGCCUAGAUGCUAGCGAGAUCGUACGCCAGGAGAAGGUACACAAACUUCUUGAACAUGUUAGUCAAUAUUGUUCAAAUAAAAAGGCCCUAAACAUAGGUGCAGCUGCGUUUACUACAACUCUUAACAUUCUAUCAAACGUCAUUUUCUCAAGAGAUUUAUCUCAAUACGAUUCAGUGUCCUCCCAAGGAUUCAAGGAUGCUGUAUGUGGUUUGAUGGAACUUUCUGGGAACCCAAAUAUAUCGGACUUUUUUCCCAUACUUAAACCAUUCGAUCUACAAGGGUUUCUACGACGAUCAAAUGUUUAUGGUAAGAAGUUAUUGUCUAUAUUUGAUAUGAUCAUCGAUGAACGAAUCCAAGAAAGAUCCAGUUCAUCGUAUGAUGGUGAUCAUUCAUCGAAAAGCCGCGAUUUGUUGGACUUGCUGCUGGAUCUUAGCAUGAAAGAUGAAUCUGAAAUUAGUCCUAAUGAUAUGAGAUGA